AUGACUCGCUCCCACAAAGCCCGCCUGGGCUUGCUCAUACUUGCCUGCGCCCUGAGUGCUUCCGCAUUACCAGUUCGAGAUGGGCCCUCAGUGUUCGCACCCAACGUUCCCCGGAAUCUGCAGGCACGUGCCAUCAUGAAGGGCGACAACUAUGUACCUCUCGGCGACACAACCGUACCGCUCUCGCCAAUCCUCCUCAUAUUCGCUGGCUUGGGUGCCGCCGCCGCAGCACUUGCAAUCGCCUUGUUGCGCAUCUUCUGCCCGUCAUUCAUGUCGAGAUCCGCUCGCAUCGUGCUCGAGGAGCGAGAACGUGCGCGGCAGGAUCUGCGGGUACGCGGUGCCAUCAGUCCACGAGGCAGUCCUGGCGGAAGCCCGUCACCAGGAGGCAGCACACCCACAUCUUUUCAUCCGCGACGAUUCCCGCCCAACAAGCCGCCACGUCCCGUUGGCCGCAACUCGCGCGGAAGCUUCACGCCCGUUGACUCUUCAACAUCGUCGCUCACCAGCAAGCAAUUUACCCACGGCUACCGCGGCACCUCCUUCUCCCUGGCCGAAGCACGCCACAACACGGACAAGUCGUAUCGAUCGAGUGUCAGCGGUAUGCAGAUGCCAGUGCUCAACUCGAGCGAAUCCAGCAGCGGCUCCUCCACUCUGCACAUGAACGCACGAGACUCCACCAUGUCCGAGCGAGCCAAGUAUCCCAUCACUGCCACCAACGAGCCAAGCUCACAUGGCAAGCGAGGCAAAGCGCUGCAGUUUGGAACCAAGUUCUUGCAACGCACCAGCUCGAUCGGCAGAGGCGCCGAUCUGCAGCGCACCCGCAGCGGCAAUCGCAACCAAGAGAUCGCAUUGGCACCGCAACCCGUCGAUCGUGUCCAGGCAGUCCAAUGGCGUCGAAGAGACUCGAACAGCCACCAUCCUCUUCAAUCAUCGGCGAGCCGACGCGAUUCGACUCUGUCGAUGCAGAGCAGCAGCGCAGAACAGAACUACUUCGACAGCAACGCCACGAGCCGCAUAGGAUCGUUCAGCAACAUGUCUGGCAAUCCGCUUCAGCCUCUCUCGAUGGCAGGAUUCGCUGCUGGCCCGCACGCGGCUCAGCCAUGGGCCAGUCCGCGAUCGACGAGCAGGUCGCCGUCGCCUGACUAUGCCUCUCCGGAUCCAGGGCGUCUGUCUGUAGCCCGUGGUGCCACCGGCAACAGUCGCAACUCGUCCGUCAGCGGUCUGCUCGAUUCCGACGGCAGCGAUCACGGCAUCACACCGCAAACGGCCGUCAUGGUCCCGACCCGUCACACCUCCACCAGGAGGUGA